UUAUUCCUACCAAUUUGUGUUUAAUUAUUAAUGAGUUUAUCUUUGUGGGUUCGUGUUACAAUUAUAAUAAUAAUGAAAGCUAUUUUUGCCGAGAUUACCGGAAAAAUUCAGUGAGCCACACACGGGCGCACCAACAUAACAACAUUGGCUUUACGCCUUUACUUCACGUGCUUUCACUUUUAUAUAAAAAUUGUAUUAGACUAGGAAUUAGGAUUGAUUAAUAUAAUUUUGGUUGGGGGUAAAAUCGGAAAAUGGCGUGCAUACAUAGAUACAGAUAAGUGCAUCCACCCGUACUGUACUGUAUACAGUAUACAGCGACCGAAACUUGACGCAACAAAUUCAUUGAUUGAUUCAUUGUUUCUUGUGUGCUAUGCUUCAUUCCUUCAUUGUGCAAACUGCACUGCUGCUGCUGCAUUUGUUAAGCAUACACAGAUCUCUCAUCUCUUUUCAUGGACUACGAGAGGAUUCACAAACCUCAGACUGGAAUAAUUUCCCCAAGUAAACUGAGGAUGAAGCUGAUAGGUCACAGAAAGAAGGAUGGAUCCAACAGUAACUCAUCCAGAACUUCCCCUUCCAGAAUUGAUGAUGCUGAAUUUGUCAACAGCUUACUACCUUCUAACAAUGGCAACCCUGACGAUGAAGUUACAUCUCCCAGCUUAGAACCAAAGGGAAACGGUGCCACCGGCCUUACCAAGAUUCAGCAUCUUCAAAAGGCUGAUGGUGGAAGUUCAAGCUCUAUUCACCCGGUGAGAAUAAUAGAAGAGGAAAAUCUUGAUUAUGACAGUAAUGCUAGCUCAUCCAGCUUCGAGUUUGAUAAAGGAGAGAGAUCGGUGAACAAUCCGGCAACAAGAUCACUAUUGAGGCCUAUUCCUUCUAAGUGGAAUGAUGCUGAGAAAUGGAUAAUGAGGCAAAACACACAAGCUACUAUUUCAAAAAAGAAUAAUACUCUGCAUAAUAGUCAACCUAAUCGCAUGGUGAGGGUUGCUCCGGAGUCUGGUGUUUAUGAUCAUAAGUUAUCAACAGCUAAGGUGACAGAAACAAAGCGGGUUGACAAAUUCUCUUUUGUUCCUUCCGAUGGAAGAAAUCCAGUACUAGAAGAGUCUUAUCCCCAAAGCAAAGAUUUAAAGGAAGUAAAUGACUUGGACUUAUCUUGCUCAACAAGUACACAUGAUCAUUCAGCAUUUCCUGGAAUUCGAUCAGUGGCAAUGAGAGAUAUGGGAACAGAAAUGACCCCUGUGCCAAGUCAAGAGCCUUCACGAACUGCUACUCCUGGUGGCUCAGCAACUCCACUACGUAGUCCAGCAUCUUCAAUGCCUUCAACUCCAAGGAGAGGUGAGCCUGCUCCAACACCUUUGGACAACACAACUGAUGAUGAUUUGCAGUUUCCAACUGAAAAUGGAAGAAAACACUUGUCUGAAGAAGAAAUGAAGCUCAAGACAAGGAGAGAGAUUGCAGCCCUUGGCAUGCAGCUUGGUAAGAUGAAUAUUGCUGCUUGGGCAAGCAACGACGACGAGGAAGAGAAAAAGUCUGCUACGAGGGAUGCAAAUGUGGAACAACAGGAGAGAAUUGAAUUUGAAAAGCGUGCUGCCCAGUGGGAGGAAGCUCAAAAGUCUAAACAUACUGCAAGAUUUAAACGUGAGGAAAUCAAAAUUCAAGCAUGGGAAAGUCAGCAAAAGGCAAAGUUAGAAGCAGAAAUGAGAAGAAUUGAGGCCAAAGUUGAGCAAAUGAAAGCUCAGACACAUGCAAAGAUGGUGAAAAAGAUUGCUCUGGCAAGACAAAGAUCAGAAGAGAAACGUGCGGCGGCCGCAGCUAGAAAAAGUCGGGAAGCCGAAAGAACCGCAGCUCAAGCAGAGUACAUACGCCAAACAGGGCGAAUGCCCCCUUCCAGUUACAUCUGUUGUGGUUGGGUCUGAUGUAUAGACAUUGCAAUUAAAACAAAAUGCAAAUCACAUAACUGUGUAAGGUAUGAGCCAUAAACAAUGGCAAAUGAUAGAUCUUGUAUGUUACUGAAACCCUGUAGUUUUCAGGCACCUGUGUGCAACUUGCUAUGUAAAAGUAAAAGGGAUUGCUGAAUGAUGAUUUUUACAAGUCACAGAACUGUGUCUGUUUCAUUUUUUUAUUAUUAUAAAAAAAAUUGGAGGAGGAAAAAAAAUAGAGAGAAGAAAAUGAAAGAGAUGUCUGCUUUCACC